GAGAUCCGGGGUCGUCCGGAGCCCUUCGUGAGCGCUCGCGCGCCCGCUGUCUCCCCUCAGGGACCGAGGCCGCGGCCCGGGGAGGAGCGGGCGGCGGGGGCCGGGUCGUCUGUCGCUGCGCUCUGCCUGGGGCGGCGCUGCCCGGGUGCCCUGGACCCUCUCAGCUGCUGCCGGAGCCUCCGGGAGAGUCCAGCUUCCCACGGAGCCCGGCGGAGGAGCUGUGAGGACCGCGGGCCGGUGCGCCGAAGCCCCCAGUGGUGUGCAACUGCGAUUUUAAAUAUGAUUUUCCAUGUGUCUGUGUAUUUACUUCCUUCCUUAGAGAGGGAGCGUGCCACAGCUUGUGCGUGGAGGAGGUCAGAAGACAACCUGUGGGAUUCAGGGAGACUGGAACUCAGGCGUUCAGGCUGGGCGCAGUCACCUUUGCCCGCUGAACCACCUUGAUCAAGUGUUUAUUGGUCACUAUCUUCGUGAACGCGGGAAAAGAGACUUUGUGAAGGCUCUUGCAGAGGAGCAACGUUUACUAAUAUUUAAACCUUUUGGAGCGGGAACCUGUCGGGUGGGGGUUUAAUGCCUGUGUACGGAAACAAUUAUAGUAAGGUAGACAUCAGAGUUACCAGACCCUUCUGAGGGUGGUGGUCAGUCAAGACACAGCGUUCAUCAGAGAGUCCAGAGAUCCUUAAAAUUUGCUUUACUGGGAAGCCCAUCACCACAGGCAGCUUUGUGAAGGUGACAGGACUCCACAACCUGGAAGUUGCUGGAAAUAGAGAAUGUGGGCUUUCCUAACCAUCUGCCAUGAGUGAGCUGAGGCAUGGAUGACUUGGUAACCUGGAGGCUUACUCUGCCAGUUAAUAGGAAGUAGGUAGAAAAUCCAGGUCUGUGUGCACAGACCUGGAAUGCCAGCACUUGGGGCUGAUGGGAAAGCUGAGGAAGCCAUGUGACUUCCCAUUGACUGUCCCAGCACAGCUCUCAUGAAAGCUUUUCCUCCCCCAGCUUGCUUGCCAGAGCCCUCCCAGCACAGCUCUCAUGAAAGCUUUUCCUCCCCCAGCUUGCUUGCCAGAGCCCUGCCUUGUCUCAAAGAGAAGAGAAAGAACCAUGACUAAGUUACAGGAGGCAGUGACGUUUAGGGAUGUGGCCGUGGUCUUCAGUGAGGAGGAGCUAGAGCUCCUGGAUGCUGCCCAGAGGAAGCUGUACCAUGACGUGAUGCUGGAGAACUUCAGAAACCUUCUGUCAGUGGGAGCCCAGAGUCCAAAGAAGAUGGAGUGUCUUCGUGAGGCAUUAAUAAGGUGCCUUUCACUGGGGCGUCUUCCAUGCUGGCAAAUGGCAAACCAUGAUGUCAACAAACUGGCCAGAACUCAAGCUGUCAUAAACACUCAAGGAAAAGGUUCUCACUUCUUGGAGCAAUGUCAUUCCUCCUGCCACAUGGGAGUGGAAGAGCCUUCCUGGGCCUCAGAGUAUGACAGCUAUCUUGAGAGUCUCACAAACGCCCUUUCCAGUGUUACUGAAUAUGAGGAAUUUCUGUCUGUCAGAGCUCAGCAUUCUUGGAGUAAAACACAUCUUAGUGAGAGACAGAACCAUCAGAAACACUGUCCACAGACUUCGGUGAAAAGUAGUGCAUUGCUGUUGGCUUCGGAUGUUGACAUUCCAACUUGCACGUCCCACCACAAUAACAAUAUACUCCUUAAAAGAGAGAAAGCCCAAAGAAACAGUGACUGUGAUAAAGUCAUCUUUCAUGUAUCACCCCUCACUCAGCAUAGUGUUUACACAGAACACAAGACCUACCAGUGCAGCAAGGGCCAAGAAGUCUUCACUGACAGCCCUGGCCUAGAACUCCAUCAGCAGGUCCUCUUAGGAAAGGAGUCCCCUGUAUGUAGUACACACGUGGACACAAAGCAUAACUCCAUUGUCCCCAUUCAACAAAGUGCUCUUCCUGGAAAAAAACGCUACUGGUGUCACGACUGUGGCAAGAGUUUCAGUCAGAGCUCAAACCUUCAGAAUCACCAGAGAGUACACACGGGUGAGAAGCCCUACCGAUGUGACACCUGUGGGAAAGGCUUCAGCCGCAAGUGGGAUCUCAAAAUCCACAGCCGAGUGCACACAGGAGAGAAACCUUACAAGUGUAAGGUGUGUGGGAAGGGCUUCACAAAGUGGGAGCACCGCCAGAUCCAUGAGAGAACUCACACAGGAGAGAAGCCAUAUAAGUGUGGCGACUGUGGCAAAUGCUUCACUUAUAGCUCCAACCUUCACAGGCACCAGAGAGUCCACACUGAGGAGAAACCCUACAAGUGUGAUGAGUGUGGGAAGCGCUUUCGCUCAAAUUCCAACCUUCACAGCCAUCAGCAGGUCCACACAGGAGAGAAGCCAUAUAAAUGUGAAGAAUGCGAUAAGGGUUUCAGUUCAGUGUCAAACUUCCGAAGCCACCAGCGGGUCCAUACAGGAGAAAAGCCAUUUUCCUGUAAUGUGUGUGGGAAACGCUUCAGUUUGAGCUCAAAUUUUCAAGCCCAUCAGAGAGUUCACUCUGGGGAGAAACCAUACAGAUGUGAUGUGUGUGGGAAGCACUUCACCUGGAGAUUGAGCCUUCACAGUCACCAGAGUGUCCACACAGGAGAGAAACCCUAUAAAUGUGAGGAGUGUGGGAAAGGCUUCAGUCAUGCCUCCAGUUUACAGGCUCAUCGCAGCAUCCACACUGGCAAGAAACCAUUCAAAUGCAAUGAGUGCCAGAAGUGGUUCAGUAAGGCCUCGAACCUCCAGUCCCACCAGAGGGUGCACACGGGAGAAAAGCCCUACAAAUGUCACACGUGUGGAAAAGCCUUUAGCCAGAGGUCCUAUGUCCAAAUCCAUCAGGUAAUUCACACUGGAGAGAAGCCAUUCAAGUGUAAGGUGUGUGGGAAGCAAUUCAAAUGGAGCUCAGAGCUUAGUGCUCACAGGAGGGUCCACAUAGGGGAGCAACCCUACAUGUGUCAGCAAUGUGGGAAAGCCUUCAGUCAGGCCUCACACUUCCACAUGCACCAGAGGGUCCACACUGGGGAGAGGCCCUACAUCUGUGGCAUCUGCUAUAAGGGUUUCAGGCAGAAAUCACAUCUUGUCUACCACCAGAAGGUCCACACUGCAAAAAACCUCUAGGUUUGUUUUGCUCUCAGGUGGGCUGAUAAUAAUCAUGCUGCUGAUUAUUAAAGGCUCCCCCCAAAACUCAGAAGCUCUGUAGAGAGAAACUGUGUUUUGGUUAUUUUCCCCUCAACUCAUUUUCGUAUUUGGUUCAUUAUGCAAAAGGGUGAUUGUAUUUUAGAAUGGAUCUUAGCAUACAAAGUAAAAAAAAAAAUUAAAGACAUAGAAAUGGUUUCUGAUUUAAUUAUGAAGGAGAAAUUUAAAAAAAAAAAAUGAAGAAUUGUCAAUUGUCAGGAACAGACCCAACAGAAAUUGUAGUUUCUCAUAAUACUGAGAUUAUGUCAUUAUGCAUAAUCAAUGAAGAUUGACAGAGAGGUUGUAGAACUAAGAGAAAUUAACUAAUAUUCCAAAACCAAAUGACUUCAGUUUAUAAAAAGAACUAACUGAAUUCUCCCGCAGUAAAAAGAACACCAAUUCCUGAAGCACUCACAUUUAUAUUAACUGGUUAUAAGUCAGAAAAAAAAAAUAAAGUAAUUCAAAGCCCAUAUGUUUCAGUUUAGAGUUCUAUGCCAGUCUUAUGCUACUAUUAAAUUUUCCUGAGUCUCUUAAUAUGGUUACUAACUCUCAAUAUGCAGAAAGAGUUGCUUUGCAUAUAAAAACGGCUGAAGUUAUUCAGGAUGAUUCAAGAUUGACUUCACUGUUUAUUCAAGUACAAGUGAUCAGAAUAAAAAUUGUAUAUAACAUAUCAGAUCCCAUAUGUGUCUAAUAGGCCUUCUAGUAUAGGGUGAUGAUGGAAUUGAUAAACUAUUAAUAAGAAAUGUGCUAGUGUCAGAAUUUCACAAGAAACACCAUGUUAACAGCAAAGGUUUAAAAGGGGAUGUUUUUUAUUCUCACUUGGCAACAAGCCAAGGAAUUUAUAAGAAAAUAUCCUAUUUAUAAUGAAAUUCCAUUACCUGCAGGGAAUAACCCAGAAGGUACCCAAAGAAAUGGUGUUUGGCAAAUGGAUGUGUUCUGUUUUGCAGAGUGGAAAAUUAAAAUGUGUGUGCCAUACCAUAGACACAUAUUCAGGAAUUCAAUGGCAACUGCUUUAAGUUCUGAAAAGCUGAUUCUGUAGUUAACGCAUUUCUUGGAUGCUAUGCUAUGGCAAUUAUAAGAAGAAAUACUUGUACUGAUUAAAACUGACAGUGCUUCAGCAUAUGUCUCUAGUAUAACGGAGCAGUUUCUGCAUAUCAUAUUAUAGGUAUAACACAACCUUGAUCAAAAAACCAUUGUUGACAGAUCUAAUCAUACUUUAAAAGAUGCUUAACCAACAAAAAGGUAUAACAGACUCUCAGAGAUAGAUUAUGUAAUGCUUUAGGAACUUUAUAUUUUUAAGUGAUGAACAAACAAAUAACAGCCUCUGAGAGACAUUGGCUUAUUAAAAAAAACAAAACAAAAACAAAAACCUGAACUAAAUCAGCCUGUUUAUGUUAAGGUUGUCCUAACUUCAGAAUGGAAGACAGGAAAUGUAUUACACUGGAGAAAUGUCUCUGUAUUUGUUUCAUCAGGAGGGGAACAAAAAUCCAAAACAAACAAACAAAACAAACAAACAAAAAACCACCAAAACAAUAACAAACAAACCCGGUUUCAUCCA